AUGUUUGAUGUACGGCAUGAACGCCGUGGUAUGCUGAAUGCAAAACACUUCAUCUUGAACCGUGUUCACGAACUGUUCGGUCCAGGAGCCAAAGAGAGGAUCUUCCUUCGCCUAGCUUUUGGCCCGGAAGCGUCGUUAGAUCAGAGUGGCUGCCGAAAUUGUGGCAUGCCUGCUGACGUGACAAAGCGGCCAGACUAUGAUGAGGAGGCAAGAAAACUCUUCGCGGCCCUUAACCUGCCGGUGUCUGGCGCUGCAUCAUCAGAGUCCUCGAGGCUGCAUGGAUACAAUAAUCUGGAUGCUGUGUGGAAGCAUCCGACGACAGGAGCUCAGGUUUUCAUUGGGAACCAAACAGCAAGCGUCCAGAGAGACAUCUUGCGUCAGAAUGGCAUCACGCACAUUGUAAACUGCACGAGUGACAUGGCAAACGCAUUCCAGGGCAAAGAUGGCUCGACUGCAUACUUUCGUUUCGAUCUCUACAAGUUCUUCUCAGCCCUGGAUCUCCGAUCUCAUCGUGGUGUCUACGAGUUCUUUGUGCCAGUCUUCCAGUGGAUCGAUGAAGCUGUAGAGACAUUGCAUUUUGCACUUCCUUUGGCUUUCUGCUUUGUCUGCUAG